AUGACUGGAAUCCUUCUUGAGCCAACAUUCGCCCAAAAUAAAUGGAACCGAAACCUUGUUUGGGCGCUGUCGCAUAUACUUCGUGGUGGCAUGAUUACAAUUCCUGUCAUGUAUCUACGAGCGGCACUGAGAGGCCUCUGUUCGGUUUUAUACUUGAAUGAGCCAAAACUAAUCGUGGAUGCAACCUGGGCAAUUGCUUACAUUGCUGAUGACAUGGGCGGUGGCACACAGAUUGACGCAGUGCUGGAAACGCCUCUUUUACUGCCGCGAUUAAUGGAACUACUGGACGAUAAGGAUACGAUGCGUGCGGCGCUACGUGCUCUCGGAAAUCUGGUAGCUGGAGGAGACAAUCAGACCCAACAAGUUCUCGACGCUGGACUCUUGUCGAAUAUGGUUUGUUGCAACAAGAAAGUAUCAAAUUAUCAGUUUGAGUGA